GCCGAAGUGCGUAAAAAAGUUCAUCAGCUGUGCACAUUGGUCAUACAAAAUUAUUAAAAUACUUAUUUGUAAUAAAAUAAACGUCUAUUUAAACAAAUAAAUAUAAUUUUUUAAUUACUGGUGGUUUAAGUGAACUUCUUUCCAAUCCAAAUGGCGAUUCGCACCAAAGACCAACUAGCUGUGCUCUUGAAGCUAAUUGAAGUCAACAAGGUAGGUUUAACACGCAGAAACUUGAGUAUCCGGCAAAGAAUAUGGCAGGUUAUAACACAAAAGCUCAACGAAAUGCAAGGUGCUGAGAAAGACGUUGAAGGUUGGAAGCGGAGCUACAAUUCUUGGCGUUUGAAUGCGGGUAAAUAUUACGAGGAAGAAAUUGAGCGCAUUAUAAAAGAUGUCGCGGAUGAUGACUAUUUUAUUAUAAAUGUAACAGAGGAUGAUAUGUCUAGUGAUACUACUUACGAUGAGACUGCCACUUACUUAGAUCCCAAAGACCGUCAAUUGACGCUCCUGCACGAACUUGUUAGUAAACAAAGACUCUUAUUUAUCAACACCGCGGAAGAUGACGAACCACUGAGGCAGCGUCUCUGGCAAAAUAUAGCAGACGAGUUGAAUAAUAUACCAGAUGGCGUUAAAUUGCCCAAAGAAGAGUGGCAAAAGCACGUUGAUUUGCGGCAAUAUACUGUGCCGCGUGGGAGGAAAAGAAAACACUUUCGAAAGCCACCAGUAAAAGAGAAAAACAACGAGCAGCUCGAUGUUUCAGAAAAUGUCAAAAUACCUGCUUCAUACGAAAGCGCUUACGAAGAGUAUAUAGUUGAAGAUUUUCCUACUAUGGACAAACCAUCUACCACAACAACAGAAGAUCAGCCUAAACAAAUUGAUGAUUAUGAGAAUGACGUCUUUGCGGAAAUUGACGAUACCGAUGACAACACUGAUGAUAUUAUUAAUCUACUAAAUGCACAUGACGAUAGCAAUAAUGUUAGCGAGCAUUUUCCUUUCGACAUUGACGAUGUCGAAGGAGACGAUUACCUUGACAAUGCGGAGAGUGUAAAUGACGAAACAGCUGCUUACGACGCAAACAAAGACAAACGCGCCAGAGUGACACCAAUAGUGAAAUCCUUUAAAUUUUCAAAUCGUAUAGUCAACGCCGUGGAGCAAUUAAAGGACGACGUUAAGGAAACCAAAGAUAUGUUAAAACAAACAACAAAUCUGCUGAAUCGUGUGUGCAAUAUUAUGGAAGAAAGUAAUAAGAAACAAGACGAGACAAAUGCGCUGCUGAAGCGUAAUGGGCAAAUGCUGAAAAUUUUAGUGGAAUAUAAAUGUGGCAUGCGAAAAGUGAAGAAAUGAGCAAUUAAAAGAGGUUAAGUGGAAAAGUUUGGAAAAAAAGCAAAGAAUUUUUAUAAAGUGUAUGUACUCCGUUGUGGCAGUCUCGAUUUUUGAUUUAAAUGUUUAUUUUAAAAGUC